AUGACUUCAGCAAUUGGAUGGGGUGGUCAAAAUAUGACAAUUUGUAGGGAUAAAAUCCCUGGUAUGUUCCUGCCAGAGGAUAUUAUGCUGAGAUCUCAAAAUUUUGCGAAAAAAAUUAAAAAUUUCAGAAUCGCAACUCAAUACUGUGUAUAUUACCAAUCGGUUAGUGGUCAAAUGGGUAUGGGCGACGUGUUAAUCAUCGAAACAUUGCAUGCCAUUGGCGUUGGAAUUCUCGUUUUUCGAAUUUUUCCUGACUUGGAUGCUGUAACAGGUAAAUAUACAGUAUAUUUCCUCCAUUUUCAUGCAUGUUUACAUUUUCAUUUAGCUACGGAACUGACAAAUGCGAUGUGUUUCGUUCCGGCGAUUCUGUCUCUUCUCAGUCGCCGCCCUAGCCGAGUUGCCUUCGUACUGGUCAUCGUGGAUAUCGGAGCUAUUGCUGCACAAAAUGUUCAUUCCAAGUUUGGAAAAGCAUUCUGUGGCAAUUCCAUGGUGUUUGUUGCUCAUAUCCUUGGCUUGGUGGCAAAAUUUCGUUCACGACGACUCCAUAUUUCCACCAGUUCGCUCUCUGGCUAA